UGUAUGAUUUUGUAAGAAAUAAUCUUGCUUUCGACUACACUGUACGAACUAAUCGAGUCAAGCAUAGAUGUCACAAACUACAUAUGACUACGAUUUUCAGUCAACGCCUCCCGAUGUUUUGAUAGUUAAAGAUGGACUGAAAAUAUGGUGCCCCAUUAUCGGUAUAUUUUUGACAUCAUGUGCGUGCUAUGUUAUGAUUUCUCUGAUUGUUCAUUUUGUGACAUCACGAACCAAAGCGAAAACACUAAAAUUGAGGCAAGCGAGGGAACAAGGUUCAAGGCGAAAAAAAUCGAAAUCAAGAGGAGCAGCGAAGUUGAGUGGAUGGUUGGGAUAUUUAAGUCUAAGCGGUUCCAUAUUCGCCUUUCUCAAUUGUGCUGUUGAUCACCCGUCGAUAUUUUUGCGAGAAACGUCUAACAAAACGUGUAAAAUCAUACAGAGCUUCAGUUUUUUAUUCUAUCCAUGUGGCGUCACGUGCGUUUAUUGCUUCCUUUGGGCUCGUCAACGUGUUUUUUACAGCAGCCCAACUCUUGGUCUUCUACACAGCAAGUAUUUGAGAUGGACGAGUCUAGCUAUUUUGCCCAUCUUCUUAGUUUUCACGACAAUUGGUAUGAUCACAACACUCGCAUUAUACACAUAUCAAACAUCUUCAAUUGGUUGCAUUGAAACUUCAGGGAAUAAAUCGCCGACUAUUAUUCUAUAUGUCGGUGCACUAUGCAUGCAGGCAACUCUCUUAACGUUGUUUGUUUAUCCCCUAAAAGAACACGCAUCUGAUACGGACGACGAUUUACCAGAAAACAAAUUGAUGAUGUCCUUAAUUAAACGUGCAUUUGUGACAACCGGACUCUGUGUGCUCGCCGACACAACUGCUUUCAUAAUUAUUAUGCUUCUCCCAAGCAACGGCCCGAGCAUCGUUGUAAACUUAAUCAGAGAUGGGAAUUUGGUCGUAAAUGUAAUCUGUGUUGUCUGUUCCUUUGUGGACUGGAGAGAGAGACUAGCAUCUAUUUGCAGAAGUCAGGUAGAAGAGGACACAAACCAAUCGGGGCAAAUUCGUCUGAUUAAAUCAGUGAAAUCACAUUCAAGAUCAUCAGCAUCUGCUUCCUCAGUUAAUGAAUCCAAGAAAAUUUAUAACCCCGUUGAGGUAACGACAUAAUAAUUUACAGAAAAUUUUUAUCGUCAAACUUAUCAAAAUUUGUACGCCUCUCGAAGAACCUCUCAUUCAAAAAAAAGUCCCAAACUAAUUCGGUCGAAUAAAAAUAUUCAAAUUUGGGAUUUCUGUGAUGUGCGAUAAAAAAAGAAAAAACUUUGCUAUGGCAACCGAAUAUUUAAUUUAAAACAAACUAGACAAAAAGGGGAACCAGGUUUAUUUUGUAUUAUUCUCCAUGAAUUUCAUUGUUUUGAUAUAUUUUAAAUAUAUAUCACUGAUUAAAAUUAUGAAUCGAAAUCUAAAUCAUUCGAAAUAAUAAUAGAUAUACAUAUUAUAGUCACGCACGAAGCUUUGCAUCAUUACUAUUACACAAAAUAAUAAUUGUCAUUCCCGCCUGCAAUGGUCGGUUCGAGUUCCAUUAAUCUCUCAAUUAAUUAUGACAAAGGGUAAUAAAAUUAAAUAUGUUUUUGCUUUGUUUCGGAUAUGACUGUUUCUGACUUAAUUAUACUUAUCAAAACUGUUGACUAAUAGGCAGUGGCGGUAUUCAGUUUUUAUGUUUUAGAAUUAGACGGCCGCAUCAAGUGCGUAACUUGCAUGAAAGAUCACGCUAAGCGUUAUAUUCAGCGUUUCAAAUCUUAUGUACAGUAUUGGCUUGUCAUGUUAAUGUAACUUACGCAGUGACGCAUUAGUAAAUAUGAUGUUUGAGUUGUUCUUAUCAUUCUAGGUUCUUGUAUUGUGUUAUAAGUUUAUCAUGGUUUUCUGAAAGAAGGGAACCUGUUUUUAGUGAGUUCGGCACAAACGAGAAGCUGUUCUUGAAAUUUUGAGUAUUUUGAGUUGUUCUUAUCAUCCUAGGUUCUUGUAUUGUGUUAAAAGUUCAUCAUGGUUUUCUGAAAGAUGGGAACCUGUUUUUAGUGAGUUUGACACAAAC